GGGGGGGGUUCUGUAAGUCAUUAUAUGAGACACUUUCUCUAAAUAUUUACUUACUAGCUCAAAAUAAUGAGAAACCUUGUGAAUAGUUUGACUUUGAGAUAUUUUCUCAUUAGAAUGACUUACAGAAUCCUCUCCAUCACAUGGGUCAGUGUUAUUCCAGAACCAAAGGCAGCAGCAGGUUCACUGUUCCUCUGGAUUAUGUCCAUUAUGUUUCUGAUCUGGGUUCCUGGUGUGUGACCCCUGUGAAUGUUAAAUCACUGUCUGGAUCCACUUCAUUGGAGAAGAGUACAGCCUGGAGCCAGCAGCCUCCUGUCUGUCUGUCUGUCUGUCUGUCUGUCUGUCUGUCUGCCUGUGGACUGAUGCUGAACAACAAACUGACGUCAUCAGGAGGCGACUCUCGCACCUCAAGGAGCCAAAACAUUGUUGAGCACAUCAGAGAGGGCAGACGGUGUGCGUUAGACACCUGGAGCUUGUUGCACAAUCGGUGUGUGGAUCCGCUCACGCCCGCGCGCCGCAGCAGCCGCAACCGUCCGCCGCGCGCAUCUGUCCGCGCAGGAACCGACAGACAGACCUGGCGAUGAUGGCGGACUGUGUUGGCUUUCAAGCGCAAAUCGCCUCGAUUAUAGAGAUAUUGGCCAAUUCGGCGGUGGCGGAGAUCUGCAAGCUGGUGGACGAUGGCUACGCGGCGCUGCGCUCCCAGAUGGAGCAGGAGCGGCAGAAGAGCGAGAAGGAGAACGACGUCCUGCGGCAGAAAGUGCGAGAAAUGGACGUGAAGAUGCGGAGCUACGAGAGGAAAAUGAGGAGACGGAGUCAGCGGGAGGAAAUGCACGCCGUUCAUUUUAGGCCACCCGAAGGACCUGACGACCAUCAGCCUCUGGCACCGCCUCUUCCCACCUCCUCUGAAGACAAACCCUUCCAUCACAUUUCGAAGCAGGAUGAAACCAAGGUGUUGCCACUGGUGAAGCAGGAGAAAGUGGAGAGAGACGACUGCAACCUGGACCUCAAGGUGGAGGUCAACAUCAGGGCAGAGUGUGGCCUGUCUACUGCCCUGGAGCCCAGUGAGGAACCCCCCCCCAGUGACCUGGUCCUUGACACCAGUGUCACCAACAUCACCUCUUCCGUCACCCAGCCCUCCUCCUCCCCCCCCACUGAUGCCACAAUGGACCUGACCUGCAGACCUCGAGCAAAACGUAAAGCUGCCAAGCCACUGGGCAACAGUUUACCAGUUGGCUGUGGGGGGGUCCAGGCCCCCGACGCCACUCGCAGGGACCUUGGAGGGAGCUUAGCAGACGGUGCUCUGAAGCCAGAGAUCCAGACGGAUGAUACUAUUACAGAAGAUGAACUUCAUCCCUCUCAGCUGUCAGCCCCCGUAGCCUCAGAUGAACCCAGCCCUGACCGCCUCAACAGCCUGGGCCUGGACCUGGCCUGGAUGCAGGAGAGGGUCAGCCAUCUUGGCGCAGCAUAUGCAGUAGCACAGCUGGGUUUGGGGAACACAGAAACUGGCCACCCCUCUGCAUCCUUCCCUUCACAGGGGGGAGGAGACAGUCUAGAUGGUCCUCCAACAAUGCUCUUCACAGGUGGUGCCCACGAAAUGGCCGCUUUUGCUGCUUCCUUUGACAUGGCAGCUGCUGCCGCCGCUGCAGCCGCCGUCGUGGCUGCACCGCCUCCACCGCCUCCUCCUCCCCCUCCUCCUCCCCCUCCCCCUACAGCUCCGUCUGCCACCACAACCAGCCAGAGGCGGCCUUACAGGAGCGGCGCCACCGCUGCUAAAGACCCUGUGGUGUGCGCCGUGUGCGGGCGUGUCUUCCCCAGCGCGGCCGCCUUGGAGCUGCACCAGCGAGUGCACACAGGGGAGAGACCAUACACCUGCCCCCACUGUGGAAAGGGCUUUGCCCAGCCCAACAACCUGCGAGUCCACCUCCUUAUCCACACUGGGGAGAGGCGUUAUCGAUGUACACUGUGUGGGAAGAGUUUCAUUUCAUCCAGCCACCUGAAGAGGCACCGCACAGUCCACACGCAGGAGAAGCCCUACAGCUGCUCACGCUGUGGACAGUCCUUCAGCCAAAUGUGUAGCGUCCGCAGACACCGGCAGCAGUCCCAGUGUGGCCUGUAGACUGGAGGAGUGGACAGCGUCUCAAAGUGAUCCUUGGACUCUGAAAGGGUGAAUGAUUGAAAUCCCUGUAUAUGGGAAUUCUAGCAUCUUGUGUAAGCACGAAGAAAUGAGAAGCAAGGCUGUAUCCUGUGAUAUCAUGGCACGUAGAGUUGAUAUUUGUCAUAGAUCAUAGCAGUAAUAUGUGAAUUCAGUUUUUUCCCCCAAAGCCCUCUCAACCUUUUCUUACUGCUUGUUUCAAACUGAGAGGAUCACAGAUUGGAGUGUAAAAGAGUGCCUGAGACAGUGUUGAUAACACUGAAUCUAUCCGUUAGACGUUAAAUUCUCUGGACUAUCUGGUUUACACUAACACGUGGGGGCUGACCCAGGAGGAGGGGGUCAUAGUUUAUCUUACAUCAAUUUGGCUGAUCAUGAUGGUAUGCCACCAACAUUGCAGUGUACCUGCACUGUCCACUGACCACCUGGUGGAACAGGAUGAACACAACCAUAUUUUGAACACCUGCCAGCUCUAUAGUUGACUUAUAAUAAAAGGGAUUUACGUAAUUCAUCAGCUGAUGAAGGCAUACUAUGCAGGAUUUUCCCCAAAAUCUAUGUGUAGAUUCGGCUGCAUUGAAACGGCAAAUGUGGCUCCCUCCCGCAGGGUUGUGCGAAGGUGUUGCUGUGUUUAUUUAUGCUUUAGAAUGUAGCCGCUGUGAAAAAAAAUCAGUAAAUAACGUUUUAUUCCCAUGAUUCACUGCUUUGUUCUUGCUAACUUGUUCCCUCUCCUCAUUCAUUCUCUAUGUAGCUCGACCAAAGGUGCUCUCUCUAGCUCACUUGAGCCGGGGAGGAGGGGCCAACUUUGAAUAGACAAAUCCUGCUCAGUAUGCCUUUAAGCACCUGUUCACAAAAAUCUAUUCUUGCCUUAUCCUGUUGUGAUUUCUAAAGCCAGUUUCACAUUUACUUACUUUUAUUGUUUGUUUUAGGACUGCUGGUUAGAGCUGCAACAAUUAGUCGAUUAAUUGAUUAGUUGUCAAAUAUUGAAUUAAUCACUAACUGUUUUGAUUAUCGAUCAAUCAUUUUGAGUCUUUUUUUAACAACAUUUUUUUAUUUUUUUUUAUUUCAUGGACCAAACAACUAAUGGAUUAACUGAGAAAAUGAUGGACAGGUUAAUCGAUAAUGAAAAUAAUCAUUAGUUGCAGCCCUACUGCUGGCACCACAAGAUUGAAUCUCUCACACUGCAAAUGUUGAUAUGAAAGGAUGCAGAAACAUCCUCAGUAGAGUUCUGAUUGAAUUGAUGGGAUUUAGGAUUGUUGCAGACAGUAAGCUCACUGGACAACAAAGGUUUAUGAUACUUACACUCUUCACAAAUCAAAACCACUUAUAUGAUUUUUGAAGUGUAAAUGCAGUCGCCAGAAGUAAAAAGCUAACAUUAAGCUAUAAAAAAGCUACACCACAGUAACAUGACUUUAAUGUCAAUUUCCAACUCAUAAUUAAAUCUUACAAUUAAAAUCUACAAGGUGGAGUAGAUUCAACCAAUCUCUGUGAAUUCUGUGCAAACUUGCAAUUUUGUCCAAUCACCUCAACUUUUCCACCAAUUUGAACAAUCAGUUUUUAAUGGAUUAUACAAAAAAUAAUUUUUGCAAUUUUCACUUUCUCACAUAAUUUCAGUAAAAAUAAAUGCCUAAAAACAUCGCAACAUGCAUCGCAAAUAAAAAAAAAAAAAAAAAAGCACAUUUAGCCACUUGUUAGCAUCAGCCUUUUUUAAGAUAAGUAAAAGCUUAAAAUUCACAGGUGGGGUAUCUACUGACGUAGUUUGUGUCAUAAAACUAAACAUGAAAAUCUCUCAAGCUUGUGUUAACCACAGACAUCAUUUCAGUCAUCUGACCAAUAAUAAGCUAACAAGCUAGCUACUUCUGCUUGCCUCUAGUCUUUGUGUUACGGUAAACUAGACUAACCACGUCCUGGACUUCUCUCUCGACCAGACGCUCAGAAAUGAUUUAAUAUCCAUCUUCCUUUCUGACUAUGGGUAAGACAACAAGACUCUUCCUUUAAAGCACUUUACAUGUUCCCAUAGCUAUGUGUUAAGGCCAUGGGCAAAAUUUGGAGGCAGCACUGCCGAUACACAGUUUUUUGUAUUUAUCUCAUGUAGUCCUCCCUGUUACUCAUAUUGUAACAGUAUCAUUAAUGAGUGGCCUUCUCCGGGCAGCCUGGUUUUGAAAGGUAAAUGUUGGCACUUCUUGUAGUGCAGGCCUGCACUUUCUCAUGUGUGAUUGUGUUCACUGUUACAUCUGUCAGUAUAUUUAUUUACUACUCAUUUCUCAAUAAUAGACGGGAUGCUGUAACGUGUUGUCCAGAGCAGUGGUUCCCAACCUGGAGGUCGGGACCCCCAUUAGGGGUCGUCAAAGCUUCAUGAGGGGUCAUAAGGUCUUCUUGAUUUCAGGGGGUGCUAGAAAAUGUAAUAAUAUACACAGUAGGCCUCUGUAUCUCAACAUUCCAUUCAUUUCUGUGAAGAAAACUAAAUGUUACUGUAAUUUUUACAGUUUAGAUUAUACUGUAAAACCAGAUAAGGUAAUUUAACUCAAAAAGUAGUUGAAAGUGAAUAAAAUGUUAUGAAAAACUAACUCCGUUUUGUAAACCUUCUUGAUCAAGUGAUUUAGUUAUAGUAGGAGAGAAUUGCAUAAACAAAUUCCUUAAGAGGAAAUAAUCUGCUCAAAAUUCAUCCAAAUCCCUUAUUUUACACAAACUUCUUACAGUUACUCAGUUCACUGUUUGGGUUCAUUGUACAGUUUUGAAUAUAAUGUCACUUAGUCAGUUUAUUAAAUGUAAACUUAAGGAAAAAGGUUGGGAACCACUGGUCCAGAGGGUUGACCUUUAGGUUUGUUUCCAAAAUCAGAAUUUUUAUUUGUUUUUAGGUAUGGUGCCCAACUGUCGCAGGCCUGCAAUGUUUCAAUCCCCCUUUGUCAACUUUUCACAGGUUGAAGCCUGAGAUGUGGUAGUCUUUUUAAUGUCAAUCAUUCUUUGUUCUCUGUUAAAUAUCAAAGAACAAAGGACUGUACAGAAGAUGUAAAGUAAAAACAUAUACUGUAUAUCAGAGAGUCGUGUUUGUAUGUGUAGGUGUUUGGAUGUAAUUGGCACUAGCUGUAGGUCGCACAGCUGAAACAAAUAUUUUGCCUUUUAGUAUUCUUUCAUGACAUGUUCCGGUGUUUUAAAAUGUGUGGGUAUCAUUAAACGUGUAAAAGGUUUGCAAUGAA